AUGUUCGCGCGGCUCGCGGGUUACGGGGUUAUUUCUUUGCUGCUUAAGUGGUUUGCAAUGGAUUUUCUGCAGGAAUAUGAAAGUAGUGAUUUGGUAACGACAGAUGUUUAUAACAGCACAAACAUUGACGUUAAAGCUAGCGACGGGGGGGCUUCAACGAGUGUUCUAAAUGUGAGAGCUGUCCGACAAGUGUAUUUAAUCACCUAUAGUCAGGUGGAUUUACACAAGUUCCCUGACAGAAAUUCAUUCGCGCAAGCUGUUCUCCGCUCUUAUAACAGUAGUAACACAAACGUUGAACACUGGGUUUGUUGCAAGGAAGUGCACGAAUCCACGGGAGGAUACCACUAUCAUAUGGCAGUGAAGUUACAGCGCUGUAAAAGGUGGUUGUCUUGUAAACGGUACCUAGAAGAAAACUACGGUAUCUCCGUGCACUUCUCCGCCGUACAUCAUAACUAUUACAGUGCGUGGAAAUACACCACAAAAAAGGAUAAAUUUGUUGUGGAAAGUGACGGUCAUCCCGACUUGUCCGAUUGUAAAGGCCCCAAGACUGAAACGGCCUCACUUUGCCGGAAAAAGUACAUUGAAGAUAGUGAUGACGAUGAAGAGGAAUUCUCGAAGGAGUUCUAUGAAAGUCCUUCUGAUGACGCGAGCGAGACAUACCAUGAAAGUGAUUCGAAAGGUAAAAAAAGGAAAAAGCGGUUGUCUUCAUUUGAACUCUCAGAAAUAAUUGUAACAAAGGAAAUAAAAACUCGCACGCAACUGUUGGCUUGUGCGAACAACCAAAAGUGCCAGGGGAAAAACGACAUUGCAGAGUUUAUCGUCAACAGAGGGCCCCGCGUGGUCUCAGAGGUUUUAACCACAGCGUGGGAAAUGCGGAACGCACAACAGAAGCUGGAAAGAUCACAGAAAACUCGUGUUCAAAUCUUACAAGAAGCAGCACAAGGCGAAUGUAUUGACGGUUGUCAUGGACAGUGGCUCACUUUUGCAUGUGAGGUGUUACAACAAAACGGUAUUCGAAAGGAAACUUUUACAAAGGCAAUAAAAGAACUCCUGGAAAAAGGCCGUAGCAAAUUUCGAAAUGUUAUGAUCUGCGGCCCAGCAAACACGGGGAAGACAUUUCUACUAAACCCACUGACAAGUGUGUACAGAACUUUUUGCAAUCCCGCUUGCACGUCUUUUGCGUGCGUUGGAGCGGAAGACGCAGAAUGCAUUUUCUUAAAUGAUUUUCGCUGGUCAUUUCAAAUGAUACAGUGGCAUUAUUUUCUUUUUUUGCUUCAAGGACAGAUGGUGCAUCUCCCGGCACCCAAAACUCAUUAUGCUAAGGACAUUGCUUUGGAGAAAGAUACUCCUAUUUUCUGUACAGGAAAACAGCCUUUCGUUUAUAUUAAAAAUGGCGUGAUCGAUGAGCGAGAAACGGAGAUGAUGUCUGUAAGGUGGAAGAUCUUUCACUUAAAUGUACAGAUACAAAAAGAUGUUCAAAAGGAAUUGCGAAACUGCUGUAAAUGCUUUGCUACCUUUAUAGUACAAUGA